AUGAAUGUUGGAGCGGCCCACAGUGAGGUGAAUCCAAAUACCCGUGUAAUGAACAGCCAGGGUAUGUGGCUGACAUAGGCAUUGGGAGUUGGCUUGCUUCAUAUUGUUUUACUCAGUAUUCCCUUCUUCAGUGUUCCUGUUGCUUGGACCUUAACAAAUGUUAUACAUAAUCUGGGCAUGUAUGUAUUUCUGCAUGCGGUAAAAGGAACACCAUUUGAAACUCCUGACCAGGGUAAAGCGAGGCUCCUAACUCAUUGGGAACAACGGGACUAUGGAGUACAGUUUACAUCUUCAAGGAAGUUUUUCACAAUUUCUCCAAUAAUUCUAUAUUUUCUGGCAAGUUUCUAUACAAAGUAGGAUCCAACUCACUUCAUCAUAAACACAGCUUCUCUCCUGAGUGUGCUAAUUCCCAAAAUGCCACAGCUACAUGGUGUU